AUGAAACGCAUCGUAGAAGACGCAGCCAUGCAGGCAUUAACCAGCACAGAAAAAAAUGAAACGCAUCGUAGAAGACGCAGCCAUGCAGGCAUUAACCAGCAGCAGCAACAGCAGCAGCAGCAGCAGCAGCAGCAGGAGGGUCAGCAGCAGCAGCACCACAACCACCACCACAACCACCACCACAAGAACCCCCACGCCCACCCCCACCAGCAGCACCCUCACCAGCAGCAGCAGCAGCACCCUCACCCUCACCAGCACCCUCAGCAGCAGCAGCAGCAGCAGCAGGAGGAGGAAGAGCAGCAGCAGGAGCAGCAUCAAUCUGUGUUAACAAUGAAUGAAGUGGAUAGUGGUUUUUAUAGGAUGAUAAUGAAGGGAGAAGAGGAAGCGUUUCUGCGGUCUAUUGAGGACGGGUUUAUACCCCCUCUCUUUCUUUUGGGGUAUUCUAUGGGCUCUUGUGCUGUGCUGCGGCUGCUAGGGUCAUUGGGGCUGCAGCAGGCGCUGCAGCAGCUGCAGCAGCAGCAGCAGCAGCAGCAGCAGCAGCAGCAGAGGGAGAGGGAGAAGGAGAGGGAAGGGGGGGGGUGGCAACGAGGGAAUAGCGGGGCUGCAGAUACGCCGAAUAGCAACAGCAGCAGCUGCAGCAACUGCAGCAGCAACUGCAGCAACAGCAGCAGCAACAGCAGCAGCAGCAGCAGCAGCAGCAUGUAUGAACCCUCUCCUUUCUGCCAGGACCUCUCUGCUGCUGUUGCUAGCGAGUAUAUUCCCUCCCUAGAAUGGAAACGAUUCAUCAAGGGGGCCGUCACCAUCUCUAACGCCAUGUGUCUAGACAGACAUCAACACUUCGUGAGAUAG